GUAAAUGGAGACUAUCUUCCAGUAUCAUCUCACUAGCAUCGUCGCAAGUGGCCCGUUGUUCCCACUAGCCUCGUCGGAGAGCGCAUAUCACCCGUUCUAGAGCCUCAGUCCAUAUUUUUUUUCUUUAUUCUUAUAACUAUUAUCAACCCGCGUUGUCCGAACACACGGAGAACCGCGCCGCAUCGACCCGCUUGAGUUGCGCGGGCCUCCCGUCUUGCCACUGACGACCACGAUUGUAAUGCUUGGCUCUCGCCAGUGAUUUUCAAUUGAGUUAUUCUCUUUUCAUUUCUUCUUUCCCCUAACCUUCCCUUCGUUUUUGGUAGUCCUUUGGGAGAGCGGGUGGACAGAAAGAAAAACGGCCGUCUAUGUUGAAUUGUCUCCUGGGAGGAUCAUGUAUUGCAAGUGACCCACGACUUUUCACUUUCAAUUGACUCCUUCACCAUGCUACCAUUGGAGGGUCGCAGCAAGACGAUCUUCAUCGUCACCACUAUCUUUUUGGGAAUCUCGUUCAUCGCGGUUUGCCUACGAUGCUUUGUCCGACUCAAGCUCGUCAAGGCCUUUGGCUGGGAUGAUGCACUGAUGGUUUUUGCAAUGGGUCUUAACGUUCUAUUUGCGCUGUGCGGGAUCACUGGCGCAUUAUAUGGAAUGGGUCAGAGGUCAUUGGAGCUCGUGCACCGGGGGACCAUGGAGACUGCCAUGUUUUGGUGGUGGCUUGGCCAAACUAGUUACGUCUGGACAUGCGCCAUCGCAAAGAUCUCCAUCGCCGUCGCUCUCCUGCGCCUCACCGUCGCCCGGGCUCAUUACCUCAUCCUGUGGGGAGUUAUUUCUGUGACCACGAUCAUUGGUCUGAUAUUCUGGUUUAUGUUGACUCUGCAAUGCCAACCCGUGUCAUACUUCUGGCAACGAGCUCGACUGGUGACCAACCCGGAGGCGGAUGUCCACGGCCACUGCAUCAGUGUGGACACCAUCAUUGAUAUGGCCUACGUCUAUAGUGUCACCGCCUGUUGUUGUGAUCUCGUCUUGGGACUUCUCCCCAUCUUCCUUGUGUGGAACCUCCAAAUGAAUAUCCGAACGAAGGCCGCCUUGGCUGGUAUUCUGGGCAUGGGCUGUGUUGCGAGCGCUGCGGUCAUCGUCCGUAUUCCUUACCUCCACCAUUACAAGGACACGGACUUUUUAUACGCCACCGUCGACAUCUCCAUCUGGUCCAACGUCGAAGCCAGCCUCGGUAUCGCAGCCGGCAGUCUCGUUACCCUCCGCCCUCUGUUCCGCUGGUUCCGCGACCCCAGCUACGGAGGAACUCGAAGCAAGCGAACCGGCAACAGUAUGCCUCUCUCGAGCGCGAAUGCAAUUCGCUCCGAUCCCGCUGGACCUCAGUACUGGCGACCCGAUUUGGACCCGGAAGACACCAAUGCUGUGAUUACGACCAUUCAUACCUCGAAUCGAGGCAGUCGGACGAGCAGCCAAGAAGAUCUCAAUCCGAAACAAAGGCAGGAGCAGGGGACCUUUUUUCGGGGUGUGAACGUGCAGAAGACCUUCUUCGUCUCGGGGAAUGAAGAAUAGCAUUAUAGUGCAUGUCAUUAAUGGAACACUUAAUUUUUUGAAU